CCGAGUCAGGUCGUCAGGGGCCAUCGUGACCACGCCCAGGUCACGUGAUGAUAAGCGAUGAGCCAAUCCUGGACGAGGAAGCGAAACAGCUGACGGUGAACAACAACACACACACACACCGAGUCGUUUUUCCCUGCAGGUGGUGGUGUGUAGCAGACUCAUCCACGUAGCUCACAAACUCUUUUCGGACAGCUUCCAUGAGAGCUGGUGUCCGGCACUGGCUCUUAUGCAAAGUUAAGGUUUGGGGGUGAAAAGAGGGACGGGGUGGGAGCUUUCCAGUAAGGCGGAGACCCAGACCAAGGACCAUCCACCCCAAAAGCAGCCGCACAAUGGCACCGUCCUUCAUCCAAUGUUGCCGCAGUCUGGCUCUCUCGACGUGGCUGCUGUCGUUUUGUUUCGUGCACUUGCUGUGCUUGGACUUUACGGUUGCAGAGAAAGAGGAGUGGUACACCGCUUUUGUCAACAUCACCUAUCUGGACCCCGUCACUUCCGAGGUCAGGACGGAGAAAACCGAGUGCGGAAGGUAUGGUGAGCAGUCGCCCAAGAAAGAAGCCAGAGGUCUGGUCCUGGUUCCGUCCAGCCUGCAGGACAGGCAGGCGUGCGACCCCAGCCUCAGGUUUCCCCCUCUCCCCGCUAACACCGCCUGGGUGGCUCUGGUGGCUGAUGGGAACUGUUCCUACCGAGAGAAGAUCUGUAACGUUGCAAACUACAACGCCUCUGCAGUUGUCAUAUACAAUGUGGGCUCCACCAAUGCCAACGACACCAUAACAAUGCCCCAUCCAGGUACGGGUGAAGUUGUGGCCAUCAUGAUCCCAGAGCCUAAAGGCCGUGAGAUUGCUGCCUUGCUGGAGCAGCAGAUCAGGGUCACGCUGUCCAUCUCCAUAGGAACCCGCAACCUGCACAAGUAUGUGAGCAGAACGUCGGUGGUGUUUGUCUCCAUCUCCUUCAUCGUGCUCAUGAUCAUCUCCCUCGCCUGGCUCGUCUUCUACUACAUCCAGAGGUUCCGCUACGCUAACGCACGAGACCGCAACCAGAGACGUUUGGGAGAUGCUGCCAAAAAGGCCAUCAGUAAGCUGCAAGUACGCACUAUAAAGAAAGGAGACAAGGAGACUGAGUCAGACUUUGACAACUGUGCUGUUUGCAUUGAAGGUUAUAAGCCUAAUGAUGUUGUGCGGGUAUUACCAUGCAGGCAUGUUUUCCAUAAGCACUGUGUAGACCCGUGGCUACAAGACCACCGGACAUGUCCCAUGUGUAAAAUGAACAUCCUUAAAGCCUUGGGAAUCCUGCUCAACGCAGACUGCACAGAUGACGUUCCUCCAGACUACGAGACAUCUGUCGGGGGUCCGCCCACCAACGCCAUCAGUGGGGAGAGUGAGAUCACGUUUAACGAGAGCUCGGUGGUUCUGGAUCCAGCCGGCGGGGGGAUCGGCUUCCAGCAGCUCCACCCUGAUGAAGAGACAGAGCCUCAGGCAGCGGAAAGCCACAUCAUCACCGGCGGUUGGCACCAGGCUCCGAUCAGCAGUGACUCAGACUCGUCUUUCACGACAGGUGUGGAGGUAGACAUGUCUGAAGUACACCUGUCCACAGAGCAUGAAUGUGACCCGGCCAAAUCCUGAAAAACGCACAAAUCAGCAGGACAAAGUGACCAGGGGCCCGUCAGAGAUUCGCCACCUCUCGGGCCCCUAGAGGACUUCUCAGAUGAUGAGCUCUACAAAACAGCAGCACAAAAACACCCAUUUCUGUCUUUAUUGACCAUGAAAAAACAAUAUUUGUCCCUGCAUCUGUGGACGUGUUGCUUGCUAGUUUUCUAGCAGUAACCACUCACUGUUUUGUCGGUUUGACUGCCAUGACGACCAGACAGCCAAUCACAGCUCUCCCAUUGUGGUGCCCCAACAUGUUCACAUCCUUAAACCAAGCAUCUGAAAUACACUUAAAACAAGUGCUCAGAUUUUGAACCUCAGUACUGAGUUGACCAGUACUGAGAAGUUAAAAUGUGUUUCUCUUCAUUCCUUCAACCUGCACUGGAGCAUUCAGGACUACUUAAUGCAAGAUAGCAGUUUUAAUUAUUAUAAGAAGUGUGUGCAGAUUGUUUGAUUUUUUGGUAUGGGAUCACUGCCAAAAUAUUCCAGAAGUAAAUGUUACUGAUGUAAUCAAUAUGGAGCAUAUAGGGUCUAAUGUAUUCCCUAACACUCCAUGUGAUUUUCAACCAGAUUUCAACCACAGACUUAGGUACAUGUUUUCAUCCCUAAAAAAAAAACUUUAAGCAUGGGUCUUUAAGUUCAGUGGUCAUUGGACAUUUCAGAAGUUGGAAUAUGUAUGCACAUGUUAAGCUGUAAUUUCUAAACUGUUUCUAUUUG